AAUAAAUUAUAAUUUACACUGUUUUUAAUUCAAAUCAAGGUUAUGAUAGUAUUUAAUUCGUAAUGGCAGAAAGUUUAGAUAGUUUUAAAAAUUGUGAAGCUUUUUCAUUUGUAUCCCAAACUUUUAUCGUUAAAUCGAUUUUUAACAGUUUCGUGUAUCAAUAAUUUUACUCUUUAAAUUUUGCAUGUUUACUUGCAAAAUACUUACACAAUACUUUUACUUUAUUGUUUGUUGUAAAACGACGAGUUUCAUUUGGUUUUUGGACACUUAUUAUAUUAAGAAGACUUUUACAAAUAUUAGAUAACGCUGUCUAACCCUGUAGUAUAUUUCUCUACUACUCCUACCCCUAGGCGUAGUUCCGGAAUAGUCGUCCAUUAUAAUAGUAUGAAGCCAAAUUAUCAAGUUUACCAUUCAGUAAUUUAAACUAAUAUAAUAUCCAUGUUAGUAAAUAUAUCGUUAUUAGUCAGUGUGGUUAGACACUAAACAGCGACAACAAAUAUUUGCAGUGUUAACUCUGGUUAUACCCCCUAUAGUUAACGAAAAUAAUUUGUUGAUCUUAAGAAUAAUCAGAAAAGGAUACCAUAUCUCGAAUCUCUGAUCUGGGAAAACAAAUAUCUUCACAGUUUUACUGUACACGUCCCUCAUCGUCGCUCAUGCACUAUAUUUACCGAUCAUUAUCAUCUUGUGCAGUAAAUCAAGUUCACGGUCAAAGAAGUAAACUCUUUCAUCUUUAGUCAGUUAGUCAGCAUGAAUUAUCAAGUAAAUUAUAUACCGAUAUAUAAUAUGAGCAAUAAAAGCGACCACAGGGAAUGGUGUCCUGUUGGUAUUGAUAGAAGCUCCUUCUAGGACUCCCGAUGCAGCGAGACCGCCCCUCCUUUCAAGUCGCGCCGUUUAUCCCUCCUCACUCCUUCCCUGAUUUCGUCUUUAGCCUGUAUGUGACUAAGAUCAAUCUUAUCAUUGGCACGAUAAACUGUCAGCGUAUACAGUAAUUACAUUUAAAUUUGGUGUUGUCUGCGGUUUUUUUUGGCCGAGUUAACGUUUAAAAAGGGGCGUUUGUCAAUAUUACCAUCCUAUAAUUAUAUUUCAUGAGCUCAUUUGUUCAUAGUUUGAAGCUCACGUACAAAUGAAGAAAACCUCCGCGUAACGAUGCUGUUUACCUCACGACUUACGUUUGCACUAAAUAACUGUCAAGUCAUAAGUGUUAGACUUAGUGUUAACUUUAAAUCGACUCAUCAGAUUUGAUGACUUAUCAUCAAGAAGCUGAAACAUUUGACUGAGUAGCAAUGUGCUUAUAACGCAGUUUUAGGCUCACAGUUUAGAAUUAGCUUUAGGGGGGAUCGGACAGUAAUUUUAUUGUCUGCUAGAUUAAGUCGAACUCGUCGUUUCUGAUCCGUAAACCUGUUGAUUUUGUUACGUUUCUUUAAUCUUUUAGUGUUUUUAGUUCAGCUUAAAUUAACUUAAUGACAAUGUUAAUAAAGCUAUUCAGUCAGCAUUUUUUGUACAUCGUACAAGCUAUUUUUGCUUAAGCCAAAAUAGUUUGUUAGUUAACAAAUAAGCUCGAUCACAGUUAAAGUAUAAAACGUGCUACCAGUACCAAACCACAAAUGCUUUCAUCUCUUCUACUCUUCGUGGUAGUGUUGGGAUCCUCUGCAGCGAAGGAUGUUGACUUUAAUAAACUUUAUCAAGAAACUUUGAGAAAGUACCACAAGACUCCACAACUCUUUUUGGGUAACGGUGACGGGAACGAACACUUCCAAGUAUUCAAAAAACACGCUGCUGAAGUGUUCGUCCACAAUGAUGAAGCAGAUAAGGAGUGGGAAGCUGAAAUUAACGAGUUUGCCUUAGAGACAGAAGGCGAGUUACAAAGUCAUUUGGGAUUGAACAUGUCGGAUUUUACCCCAAGUGAAGCUGAAAUAAGCCUUCAACAAACCCGACCUGUAAAUCUUAUGGCAGCAGAACUACCGGACUUCGUGGACUACACUGAUAUUAUGACAGAAGUCAAGAACCAGGGUUGUGGCAAUUGUUGGGCUUUCGGAGCCAAUGCAGCACUGGAGUACCAAGUGAACAAGGACAGAAAAGGAGAAAAGAAAGAGCUGUCAGAGCAGCAGUACACAAACUGUGUUUAUAACAGAGAUGGUUGUAUGGGAGGGUGGCCUGGUGACUGCUACAGAUGGUCUCUUAAACACCAGGGACACCUCGCCUCUGCAGCUUCUUACCCUAACCUUGGCACUUAUGGCUCGUGUUCGUACGAGGAUAAAAAGAACGCACUAUCUGGAUGGAAGUUUGAUGAGAAGGAUCCGGUGGUAUACGUGCAAGGUGACAGCAAUCUGAAAGCAGCGGUGGCAGAUCGCAACAUCGGUGUACUGGUCGUAGCUAUCGCUGUCACCAGCGACUUCUUCUCAUACAAGGUAGGAUUGUACAGCUCGAAGAAGUGUGGGGCUAAUAAAGUGUCUGUUAACCACGCUGUAAAUGUUGUGGGGUACGGAGACGACAACGGGGCUUUAUACUGGAUAGUCAGAAAUAGUUGGGGCAAACAAUGGGGACAGAAUGGUUAUAUAAAAAUGAGGAGAAGUGAAGAUAACAAGAAAUUCAGUAACAUGUGCCAGAUAUCCAGCUAUGCUCACUACCCGGUUAUUGCCGGUUCAGAUACAGAGCAAGAAAGUGACGAACGUGAAGAAGAAGAAGAAAAAGAAGAAAGCGAAGAAGAAAGUGCAGAGUGGUGUAUGAUUGAAAAUAAAGAGCUCAGUGGUUACGCUACAGGGAAGAGAGUGGCUAUGGGGGAUCUUGACACUGCUAAAAGUGCAUGUGGGGCCAUGUUAGAUUGCAAAGGACUGACGACAGAAGAGGAUGAAUUCACCCUGAGGUCAGGAUCUGAUUUGGUAGACCACGAGGGUUCCACCACCUACAUUCCUGGCGAUUGUCCUAAGAUCUGCAACUGGGAGAAAGUGGAUAACAGGAAAAUGAAGGGGGUUCUCACCAAAUUAAAACUUAGCAUGGAGAAAGCUAAAGCGGCGUGCGAAGAGAGAGACGAUUGUAAGGGCAUCCAUUGCAAAUCAGCAAAAAAAUGUGCAUUGGUGAGUUCGAGCAAUGAGAAGAAAAGUAAAAAAUACGACAGCUACAUCAUGUCUUGUCAGUAGUAAGACUGUUAAGCCGUAGUACAUACAUAUUACAUUACAAUGAAGCUUACACAAUGUAAUUUCCUCCAGUCUGCGCCGCGUACGUUUAUAUAAAUAUAAUUAUAGGCGCGCGGCGCAGACUGGAGGAAAUUACACUGUGUAAGCUCGAUCCAGUGUAAUGUAAUAUGUAUAUACCACGGCUUAAUAGUGUCGCUCCUCCAAAGAGUAGAACAGCACAAAGAUUGUACUAGAAUAUUACGUUGAGUUGUUGAUAUUUAUGUGGUAAUUUCAUUGUAUGA